AUGUCGGACGAUCAUCAUGAUGACGAUCACCAGUUCGCUUCCGGAGAGUCUGGAGCUGCUGCUACCUACCCGAAGCAGUGCUCCGCUCUUCGUAAGAACGAGCACGUCAUGAUCAAGGGUCGUCCGUGUAAGGUACAUUUUUUUUAUUACUUCUAUGUGCCGUGAUGGUUUUGGAUAAGUUUCGGCUGAAAGAAUUGAUGCCAACUUUGAUUUCUGAGCACAUCUAGUUUUUCAAUAUUUGUUAUUCAUUUGAAAUUAAAAAAUAAUUAUUUUUCCAGAUCGUCGAAAUGAGUACCUCGAAGACUGGAAAGCACGGUCACGCUAAAGUCCACAUGGUCGCUCUCGACAUCUUCACCAACAAAAAGCUCGAAGAUAUUUGCCCAUCCACCCACAACAUGGAUGUCCCAGUAGUCAAGCGCCGUGAAUACCUGGUCCGUUUUAAACAUUGAAUUUCUUGUGAUUUCUUCAUGUGCUAUAAUGGUUUUUGGAUAAGUUUCGGCUGAAUUAAUUGAUGCCACUUUUUAAUGCUGAGCACUGUGUCUGGAAGGAUAAUUUCAGUGAAAUUUUUGACCUAUUUUAAGAUUUAUUUUUAGCUGAUGUCGAUCGAUGAUGGAUACUGCUCGCUGAUGGACCCCGAAACCUGUGACCAGAAAGACGACCUCAAAUUGCCCGAAGGAGAACUUGCUACCCAGAUCAGAGAUGCUCUUGCCAAGGACGAAGGCAGCGUUUUGGUGAGUGCUUCAAUUCCAAUGAUCUAAUUUCCAUGAGAAACUAUUUGAUAAACUGAUUAAAAAAACUUGUAAAAAUUGCAGGUUUCCGUCGUGUCCGCCUGCAACGAAGAGGCUAUCCUCGGCUACAAGAUCAGCACCAAGGAAUAA